AUGUGUGUGAAGAGAGAGUUGAAAAAUUUGUAUGAGGGUCAAAGGCAUAUGUAUUCAGGCCCGGGUAAUAAACAUGCGAGAAAUCAUUUGGAACAAUCGUUAGAGGAUAAAUAUGAUGUACAUUCUCAAAUAAGUAAAAAUAGCAUGACUACAAAAUCGAGAUGCAUAACAGAUUUUAAAGGAUUUCCAAGGCCUUGGUCGACUGGGAAAAAAUUUGAUACUUUUUGCAUUGAUCAUUGUGGUAAUCCGUGUAGCAGCGGAAUAAGGAGUAAAAAAGAUGAUAAUCAAUUCCAACAGCAAAUUCAUCAUUGUCAAAUAAAACAUCGUCCAAAUUGCCCCGUCCCACAACCCAAAUGCGAACAUACAAAAACGGAAAAAAUUCCGCCUUGCGAAGGACCCCCCCAAAAAGGACUGGACGUUUUAGUUAUAUUAUGUUACAAAGAUGCAAUAGAUUAUCUACGAGAGGAAAAAAAUGGUCCAGAGAGAAUAGGUGCCAUAGGACUCGCAGGUUUGACGGGUUACGUAUUAGGAAUGAGGAGAAGCAGGUUCAGGAGGUUCAUGUAUAGCGUGUGUGGUAUGGUCGGCAUGGCAGCCAUUUGUUACCCGAAUGAAGCAGUCGAUUAUUUCGAAGCUGUCGUUUUGGAAACGAGAAAAUAUUUUAUCGUCGCCUAUCAUUUCAUCUACGGUGAAACUCCAAAAAUGCCAGGAUGGCUCGAUAAAUUGACAAACGAUAUGGGAUUGUCAAUAUUAAAAUCCAACGAUAAUAAAACGGAACCUAAAGUCAGAGAUUGUUUAUGUGCCCCUAACCCGAAGGACCCUCAACCUUGCGUUUUGAAAUGUGAUUAA